UCAGUCGGUCGUUGGAGGUGGAGGGGUGAGGUUGUGUGCUCGUUCGUCUGUUUGUGGCGCAGCGAUGGAAGGCUACGUGGUGUUUGUUGUGGUGCUGGUGUUGUCAGGUGGGCGAGCGGAGUACGACGAGCUACACUGUCCUUACUUCUCCCGCGUGACUCCUGCAGAGCCCACCAACUCCCCCUACUGGGCUGACCCCGAAUUGCGCCCCAACAGCCCUGCCCCUCAGACCCUCGCCUCUCACCUCGCUCCGCCCCCGAAAUCGUGUCCGCCUGACCACACCCCCUGCAGCACCACGCACCCCUACCGCACCCUGUCAGGCCGCUGCAACAACCCUGCCCACCACAUCCUCGGCGCCUCCCACCAGCCCAUGUCACGCCUGCUGCCCCCUGCUUAUGACGAGGCGUUGAUGCGGACGAGGGGCGCGGACGGCUGCCUGCUGCCCAACCCGCGCCAGGUGAGUCUGCAGGUGCGCCACGGCCCCGUCAGACUCCAGCGCCACUUCUCCACGCUGUUCAUGCAGGUGGGCCAGUUUGUGGACCACGACCUCACCCACGUACACACGCUGGAUGCCGCCAUGCAGUCUGGGGAGUGUGGGGACUGCGCGUCGUGGCAAAACCCUAUCUGCCUUCCCAUCCCCGUCCCCGCCAACGACACCUACAUCCCCGCCACGCACGCAGACACAGGCCGCCGCAAGUGUCUGCCGGUGGUGAGGUCUCUGGGCACUUGGCUUCCCGACAGGACUGGACGCAACAUUCUGCAACACAUCAACAGAAACACCGCCUUCCUUGACCUGUCCACCGUGUACGGCAGUGACUCGUGCAGGGGGCGCCAGGUGAGGGCGUGGACAGGUGGGCUGCUCAACGAAACCAACGGCCUGCCCCCCUUGGUCAACGGCAGCAACUUCGUCGAGUGUAGGAUGCCCGGGGGGAUGUGCUUCCUGACCGGGGAUGACAGAGCCAACGAACAACUGGGCCUCACCGUCGUGCACACCAUGUACUUGAGAGAGCACAACCGCAUCGCAAGCAACCUCUCCGACCUCAACCCGCACUGGGACGACGAGCGGGCUUUCCAGGAGGCUCGCCGCAUCAACAUCGCUCAGUAUCAGAAGAUGGUCUACACGGAGUUCCUGCCUCACCUCAUCGGGCGCCGGAAGAUGCGUGUGAUGGGCCUGGACCUGCUGACGGAGGGCUACUUCGAGAGUUACGAUCGGUUCACCAACCCGAGUCUCAUGGAGGAGUUCGUCACCGCCGCCUUCAGAGUGGGGCACGCCAUGAUCCCCGCCCACCUGCUGCUCCUGGACCACGCCUACCGCCCGCUCAGCGCCCUGCCCCUCGUGCCCACCUUCCACAACCCCUCAGCCCUCCUUCAGGAGGGUGCAUUUGAGAAGCUGCUGCGUGGCAUGAUUCGCGCCCGCAUGGAGGGGGUGGACAUGAAGCUGUCGGACGCCAUCUUGAACCACCUGUUUGAGCGGCCCAACAACUCCCACUCCGGCCAGGACCUCAUGGCGAUCAAUAUUGCCAGGAGUAGGGACCACGCCCUCGCCCCUUACCUGGACUACCUGAACCUGUGCGAGGGGAUCAACGCCACCUCCUUCAGUGACCUCAAGUACCGCCUUCAACCCGCGGCGCUUCUGACCCUGCAAGCCACCUACAGGGACGCGAGGGAUGUGGACCUCAUCGUGGGGGCGCUGGCUGAGAACUCGAAGCGGAGGACGAUGGUUGGGCCGACAAUGGCCUGCAUCAUCAGCCUGCAGUUCCUCUACCUGAAGAAGGGCGAUAGAUUCUGGUUUGAGAACGCCGCCGCGGGCUUUACGGAGGCACAGUUGGCUUCCCUCCGCCGCUCCUCUCUGGCCCGCGUCGUGUGUGACAGCCUGAGGGGCUCUGACGCGAGGGCUCCGAUGAGGGCGUUGCAGGCACAGAGCAGCAGUAACAGCCCCAGGUCCUGUGGCUACUUGCCCGGCACUGACCUCUCUCUGUGGAAGGAGGAGGAGGGAGCGAGAGCCACUGCAAGGCGGUCCUGUGACACCCAGUUCACAUUCAACCCCUUGCUGGGCUGGGUGACGCAGACUUGUACCUGAGCGGCGGGGACAGAGCGUUGCGUUUCGUCCGAGGGUGGAAAGAAAGAAAGAAAAAAAGGGUUCCUGUAUGUAUAUUAUUGUUUAUAUUGAUGUUUUAGGUUUGUAAGUAAGCUAAACCGGUUGUACUGUGAUUUAUCUUGUUUUAAUUAGUUUGUUUUAAUUUAAUUACACUUAAAUAUGUUCUGUAUAAACGGUUCUCGUCUUA